AAUCUAACGACUCUGACUGACUUGUUUUCGUCCUUCUCUUCACUUGUCAACUGUUUGUUUUUGGUGCUUGGUCGCCCCCAUGAGUCUGUUGAGGCCAGAUUACUGUUUGAGGCCUGCUUACGAUGGCUAUGAAUCUCUGCAGCUGCUGGAGCAGAACGGAGGCUUUGGCAACAACGGCGCACAGCCCCCAGCCCAGAUCCACAACAUCCACAACGCAGGGGUGUACGGUGCAGACCCGGACCAGGGCGGGGGCUUUCUCGACAUCCUGAAGGGAGGAACCGAACGCUUUCUGACCAACAUCAAAGACACCUCCUCUAAAGUCAUCCAGUCUGUGGCCAGUUAUACAAAGGGAGACCUGGAUAUCUCUUACAUCACCUCUAGAAUAGCAGUCAUGUCCUUCCCGGGAGGAGUGGAGUCUGCCAUUAAGAACAACAUGGAGGAUGUGCGUCUCUUCCUGGAUGGCCGUCAUGCAGGACACUACGCCGUCUACAACUUGACCAAGCGCUCUUACAGACCCACCCGCUUCCACAACAGGGUGUCGGAGUGUGGCUGGCAGGCCCGGCGGGCACCUAACCUGAGGAGCCUCUACAGCCUCUGUAAGAACAUGCACCUGUGGCUGAAACAGGACCAGAGGAACAUCGCCGUAGUCCACUGCCUGGACGGGCGGGCGGCCUCGGCCGUGGCGGUGUGCUCCUUCCUGUGUUUCUGCCGCCUCUUCACCACGGCUGAGGCGGCCGUAUACAUGUUCAGUAUGAAGCGCUGUCCCCCGGGGAUCUCCCCUUCCCACAAGAGGUACAUGGAGUACAUGUGUGACAUGAUGGCUGACGAGCCCAUCACCCCGCACAGCAGACCCAUCCUCAUCCGCUCCAUCACCAUGACGCCUGUGCCUCUCUUCAACAAGCAGAAGAGUGGCUGCCGGCCCUUCUGCGAGGUUUACGUGGGAGACGAGCGCGUGGCCACCACCUCUGGGGAGUACGACAAGAUGAAGGACUUUAAGCUGGAGGACGGACGGGCUGAGAUCCCCUUGAACGUGACGGUGCAGGGGGAUGUGCUGGUGGUCAUCUUCCAUGCCCGCUCAACCCUGGGGGGCCGCCUUCAGGCCAAGAUGGCUUCCAUGAAGAUGUUCCAGAUUCAGUUUCACACAGGGUUUGUGCCCCAGAACGCCACCACGGUCAAGUUUGCAAAGUAUGACCUGGACGCCACUGACAUCCAGGAGAAGUACCCGGACCUCUUCCAGGUCCAUCUGGAUAUGGAGGUGGAUCCCUGCGACAGGCCGAGCAACAAGACUCCACCCUGGGACAACUUUGCCACAAAGGGCCUCAACCCAAAGAUCCUUUUCUCCAGCCGGGACGAGCAGCAGGAGAUCCUCACCAAGUUUGGCAAACCAGAGCUUCCCCGACAACCGGGCUCUUUCUCCGGUUCUUUCUACGACACCGCGUCGUCUCCGUUGGAACAGACUCCUGAUAGCUCCACCAUGGAGGCAGAAUCUCACCAGAGCACUGAUACCAACGCCAACAACUUCUUCCAGACUCUGGAUUGGGAUGGUAUGUCUCCUAUGGGAGUGGACAUGGAGCGGACUUCGGACAGCCUGGGAGGCACCAUUGACGACCAGGACGAGCUCAGUGACGCCUCUGUGGACGAGGAGUCCAACUCCGGCCUGGCCGGCGAACCCCCCCUCUCCAGGGAGCCUAGUGAGUCCCUGUUCAACGCUGGGUUCCAGGCUGCCGCCACACCCCAGGAGUCCCCGGGGCCCAGCGACACGGCUGACCUGCUGGGUCUCACCUCCGACCUCAGCUCCACCGCCCCCCCACAACCCUCCACGACAGCAGGCGGCAUGAAGGCCUCGUCUAGUAACAGUGACCUUCUCAACGACCUGUUUGCCCCCACGCCCAGCAGCAACGCUCAGCAGGGCUGCUCCAACAACCUGAUUGGGGACGGAGGUGCCCAAGAGGACCUCUUCUUCAGUAACCCCGCUGCACCGCCAGACUCGGCCACCCCCAAACCAAUAAAUGACCUGUUUGACCUGUUCGGGAUGGGAUCUUCAUCCAAUCAGACCGGACCCGACCUGUUUGGGGACCUGCUGAGCUCCGACACCAACACUAACCCCCCGCCCACCUCCAACUCCAGCCUUUUCAACCUCAACAAGCUGACCAACAAUCCCCCUAAGAUGACUUCGUCCGCAAGCCAACCAGACCUGCUUGGAGGGUGGGACAGCUGGGCAUCGAGUGGGAGCAUGGCCGCCGCCUCCUCCCAUAAGCCAGCCUUCCCAGCUCCUGGAGUGUCUUCCUUCUCCAAAGCAAAGUCUCAGAGCUUUGACCCGUUUGCAGACUUGGGAAAACUGGGUCCUACGCUGUCAGGUUCCUCCAGUGGCAGUUUCUCAGGCCCAGGCUUCAACCCGAAGAGUGGGGCCUCCACCAAGACUGCUGCGCAGUCGUGGCAGCAGACUGGCCGGCCCUCCGCUGGCCAAAGCAAGCCCUGGAUGGCCCCCAGUGCUGCUGCCCCCAAAGCCCAGCCGCCCCAGCCAGCCAAACCCAACUACAACCUUAACUUCAGUGUGAUCGGGGGCCGAGAGGAGAGAGGCGUCAGGGGCCCAGGAUUUGGUCCAAAACCCAAAGUCAAAGAGGACGACUUUGAAGACCUGCUCUCCACUCAGGGUUUUGCCUCCAAGCUAUCAGACAAGAGUGGACCCAGGACCAUCGCAGAGAUGAGGAAACAGGAGCUCUCAAGGAACAUGGACCCCCUCAAACUGCAGAUCCUGGAUUGGAUUGAGGGGAAGGAGCGAAACAUCCGGGCCCUCCUCUCCACACUUCAUACAGUCCUGUGGGAGGGCGAGACGCGCUGGAAGCCCGUAAACAUUGCAGACCUAGUCACUCCAGACCAGGUUAAGAGGUACUACAGGAAAGCUGCGCUGGUGGUGCACCCUGAUAAGGCCGCCGGAAAGCCCUACGAAGAUUACGCUACACUGAUCUUCAUGGAGCUCAACGACGCCUGGUCCGAGUUUGAGAACCAAGGCAGCAAAGCCCUCUUCUAAGACUUACUGGAUGGGGCCCAUAUUGGGUCCUUCAGGGUUGCGGCCCCCCCCACACACACACCUUAGAGAGGUCUGCCAACUCUCCUGCAGUUGAGAAAAAGGCACCUUACUUUAUUUCUCAUCUGCAGUUCAACAUCAUCGGCCAUUUAAAAAAACACUGCCACCACAUGCAAAGGGUGGCAUGGGUGGAAGACUAGUGGUUCAAAAGCGUGGAAGAUGGGAGGGAUGGAUAUGACGACAGAGACAAUCACUGAGAAGACCAGAUGGUCACCAACCAGGCUCCAUCCAUUCGGAAAUGUGGGGACUGUAUGGCCACUGGACCCCGUAGACUUUGUUGCUGUGGACACGGCUCUAUUCCUUUACACUCCUUGGACAGACCUUUCUGCAGCGUUCUCUCUUUCCGAGAGACCAAGAGUUCAUGCUGUUGUUGCUUCUUGACAGAACCAUUCUCCCACUAACAGACUCCUCCUUCCACCACAAGCCCUCUACCGUAAGCGCCUUGCUCUGCGGAUGGCAAAAAAAUUACGCUUGCUCAUAACUGCCCCCCCGGCAACAAAGGAGACAAAUAGAGAAUAUAGGGAUUUCAUCUGGUUGCUUUUUGCCAUGUGGAAUUGUGCAAUAUGUUUGGUCUUUUUUGUUUUCUCUGUCAAUGAUAGUCCUCACUUAAGUGUAAAUAUUUUCUCAAUGAUGUGGUUCUUUCGGUAGUAGAUAGCGAGAUGCCGAAACACACAGAGGUGUGUGUUGUUUAAGGAUGGUAGCUCACCACCUCGCUCUCUCUACCAGUAGAUCAUCAUGCCUUUCUUUUCCAAUGGUCUUGUGUUUAUUCCACUUAUUACACAAAAGGUUUACAGGGAGUUUUCAUUGCAACCCUCCAUUUUGUGUUCCAUAGUUGUUUUCUCUUUACCUUAAAAUGACCUGAAGCUUUUUGUGUAAUUCUUUUUUUUUUUUUUACAUUUUACCUCAUGGACCAAUUUAAAACACCUAUUUUCUUAUUGUUGUGGGGUAUCAUAAGUAUCCAUGACAUUUAAUUGCAGAACUUAAUAAAUAAAAAAUAAUAUAUGAA